GCCCAAACUACUUUCCGGCGUCGGUUAGGGUUAAUUAUUUGAUCUACCUGAAAGUCCUCCGCUUCCGUCCGAAAUCGCAUAAAUUGGGUCGGCAAAUCCCUAAUUCCCGGUAACCUAAAGAAGUAUCUCUCUGUAGUUUUCAAUAAUCGGCCAUGGCUGCGAAACUUCUUGCGACUUUCAUAGUCUACGGCUCUGGAGCGGUAAUCAGGGCUUGUACUCAGGCAUAUCGUCAGGCACUUGCAAAUGCAUCAAAAUCUGGGGUUGCGCAAGAAGCAAUGCAUAGUCUUAAGAGAGGAAUCAGAGGGUUAACUGAACCCGAAGCUAGACAGAUUCUUGGUGUAACCGAUAAAUCAUCUUGGGGCGAGGUUCUUAAGAGAUACGACAAUCUUUUCGAACGCAAUGCAAAAAGCGGAAGCUUUUAUCUCCAGUCAAAGGUUCAUCGAGCUAAAGAAUGCUUAGAGGCUGCUUACCUGAAGAAACCUUAGGGAAUCACAACAAGCGUUUGAUCAAAUAAUAAUAAUAAAUACUAAUGUAGUAACCAAUAGAAUGUCGAGAAGCAAAACCAUGAAUAUAUGUUUUGGAUGCAUGUUAGUUUUCUUGACGUCUCUAAAGCGGUUCUUGGGCCGAAAAGUUUGAAGAUUUGAAAAGAGAGAAAUUAUAAUGCCGCAAAGUUUGAAAUAUGAGUAAGGUUGGUGAA